CUCUGCAAGAGGCUCGUAUCAGAAAGGGAAGAAAUUAUUGCCUUGCUCUCGUGGCUCUGUACCCACGAGCUGUGUCGCAGAAGCGUGGCCGCACAAGAAUAUCACAUAAAUACUCUGGAUUAUUGUAAUAACCUCACUCAUUUCUCACACGGUGUAAGGAGCCAAGAAGACUUAUUUGAUAGAAUCUCUUCACUCAGUGCUGUUCCUGAGGCGUGGAGUUCUGUAGGAUUUUUGGUUCAGAAUAGCAGGAGGUGGCCAGGGCUCUGUUCACAGAACUUGCCCUCUGAACCUGAAUGCCAGUGGACGAGGGACCGCAGUAGGACGCUAAGUGACGUGGUUCUUUAUCUUUCCAGAUUCUUCUUAAAAUUUUUUCUCAAGUGCAAUCAGAAUUGUUUGAAAACAGCAGGAAACCCAAGAGAUAUGAGACGGUUCCAGGUUGUGCUGUCAACAACGGUGAACGUUGAUGGGCACGUACUGGCAGUGUCUGACAACAUGUUUGUUCACAACAACUCCAAGCAUGGACGGAGAGCGAGGAGGCUCGACCCGUCAGAAGCAACACCGUGCAUCAAAGCAAUCAGCCCAAGCGAAGGCUGGACUACAGGUGGAGCAAUGGUGAUCAUUAUUGGAGACAACUUCUUUGAUGGGCUGCAAGUUGUGUUUGGAACCAUGCUUGUAUGGAGUGAGCUUAUCACGCCUCAUGCCAUCCGAGUUCAGACACCUCCACGUCACAUUCCCGGAGUGGUCGAAGUGACAUUAUCGUACAAAUCCAAACAGUUUUGCAAAGGUGCACCGGGCAGGUUUAUUUACACAGCUUUAAAUGAACCUACCAUAGAUUAUGGUUUCCAAAGACUGCAGAAGGUCAUCCCAAGACAUCCUGGUGACCCUGAAAGACUAGCUAAGGAAAUGCUGUUGAAACGAGCUGCUGACCUCGUUGAAGCGCUGUAUGGGACGCCACAUAACAACCAGGACAUCAUUCUGAAACGAGCUGCAGACAUUGCAGAAGCUCUCUACAGCGUGCCGAGGAAUCCCGCGCAGAUCCCUGCCCUGUCCAGCUCUCCUGCUCACAGCAGUAUGAUGGGAAUUAACUCCUACGGCAGCCAGUUAGGAGUCAGCAUUUCGGAGUCAACCCAGGGGAACAACCAAGGCUACAUUCGUAACACAAGCAGCAUCUCGCCGCGAGGUUACUCGUCCAGUUCCACACCACAGCAGUCCAGUUACAGCACUUCCAGCAACAGCAUGAACGGCUACAGCAACGUCCCCAUGUCCAACCUGGGCGUUCCCGGCUCGCCCGGAUUCAUUAACGGCUCUCCAACGGGAUCCCCCUACGGAUUAAUGUCUUCAAGUCCAACAGUUGGCUCCUCCAGCACUUCUUCCAUCCUUCCAUUCUCCUCUUCCGUCUUUCCUGCUGUCAAACAGAAGAGUGCCUUUGCUCCUGUCAUCAGACCCCAAGGGUCUCCUUCUCCCGCCUGCUCCAGUGGCAAUGGAAAUGGGUUUAGAGCCAUGACUGGUCUUGUCGUUCCCCCGAUGUAAGGCAGAGGCAGCUUUGCUCCUCUCCCUCUUCCCUUUUUUCCUCUUUUUUUUCAUUUUUCUUUUACAGCACAAAACUACUUAUUGUGAUGGACCACUAAAAAGAAAAAAAUAGCACUACAAGCUCUUUUUUGGGGGAAAGCCAGGCCCAGGAAAAAAAAAAAAAAGGAACAUUUUUUAUGGAUUGGACAAGAUAGAAGUCUGCAUCUUUUACCUGUUUCAUAUUUCUGACACAACCACGUCAACUCCUAACACAUUGUGACCGAAGAAUCAGCCAAGAGCCAGGAUGAACAACAGUUGGCAGAACGGAAUCAGAAAUGCAAAGUCUUUCUGGAAAGACGUGAAACCUUCCUAAGAUUUGUAAAAUAUGAAAAGGAGAAAGAAAUUGGCAAAAUGAUUCAAGCUUGAUAUUUUGGAUACAAUUUGUUUUACUUUGUAGGGGAAAAACGUUGAAGUUUCUAUUUUCUAUGGAGCCUUUCAGAUAUCGAUUUAGUUUAUGCAGAAAAA